AUGGCGGCAUCCAGUCAAGGUGAUGAAGACGAUGAAGAACGGAGGGCGCUCGAACUAGAGUUGGCAGCAGAACUGGCCGCAUUAUCUGCUCGGGAUGUUGGGUUUGACGAAAGCUGGAAUAGUGAUGAUGACCAGAACGACGACUUUGCCGAAUGUAAUGGAGAAAAUGAGGUCGACUACGUGCGUUUAGAUCUGGAUAACGUGUUGAAGCAAAUGACCGAAAGCGAAGAGCAACAAAUUGCACCUGUGUCUUGGAAACUUUUGCUGCAAAGUGUUGAGCGCAGUGACCGCGAGUUUUUUCAACCAUGUCGAGAAAUCAUAGACGAAAUCCGUACGUCGAUUUUGGAUGUAAGUACUCCAGAGCAGCAACAAGACCAGCAACCGAUUAUUGGAAUAAAGAAUCACACGCGCUUAUCGGACAAAGAAGCAGGUCAGCCAAGUCUUGAACUCGCUAUUUCGCAGCCAGAGGAGUCUACAUUGCCACAUUCUGUUGAUGAGAAUGAACAGCACGUGAGCUCGGUUAAAAAGAAUGACGAAGUCAAGCGGGAAAGAACAAGCACAGAAAAAGCGAAGACUAUCACUGCCGAUUUCGAUAAUAACAAGCUGAAUCCAGAACUUACUGAGUCGACUCUGGUCGAGCCAAAUUCCCUACUAAUUGCAUCGGACCACCCCAACCAGGCUUCACCGUUGCCUGAUGUGCAUCCUACCGUGACUCCCGAAGAAAACCAAUUUGCACAGCACGAAGCUAAACAGAAACAACUCGAAGCAAUUGCAAAGCAGCAUGAAGCUCGAGAACUGCGACGUCUGAAAGCCCAAGCUCGACACGAGAAGGAACAAGGAGAAGCAGCUCAACUACUGGCUCGACUUCAGGAGGAAAUCGAGACUCAAGAGAGAGACGCUGCGAUUUCUCGUCAGGAAGCUCAAGAACGAUCAUAUAUGGCUAUGGAAGAGACCUUCUGUCGACAAUUUCUUGCUGCAGAGCGUGAAGCUCAGGAAACUAAGCUUACGGCAAACGCUGACGAAGAUUCUCACAAAGUUGCUGCUGAGUUGACUAGAACACACAAGGAGAUACGUCAAAUGGAAGCUGAGGAUCAAGCCGAACGACAUCGAAUGAAAGUUAAACGGCAGCUUUACUUGCAGAAGCAAGAAUCUACGGCUCGGUGUCGUUUUGCUGUUGUUCUACUGGAUCUGGCGAAAUAUCACGAAAAUCAACGUCAAAUCCGAGAUCAACAAACGAAACGCGAACGCCGUGAGUGCGUACAACUGCGAGCUGAAGAAGCGUAUACGAGGCGAAUUAUUGCAGAGAAUCGUGCACUUCGUGAGCAGAAAGAGCGCGAAAUGAAUCGCGUUCUGAUGAUUGAUGAAGAUAAACUGGCAAAAGCUGUAGAAGAUCAAGAUCGAAGGCGGACACUGGAUAUUGAAGAGCGAUUACGAGAACGACGCGAUCGUGAAUAUAUGCAACAAGAAGAGAAACAUUCUCGUUCCGCAUGGGCAUAUAGUGAUCAUUUAAUGUUCAUAGAGAUGCAGAAUGAGGAGAAUUCUCGUCUUGCCAUGGAAAAAGAAGAAGAACGUUGUCGCUGUGGGUGGAGUUAUCUGGUAGAGUUAGAAGAAGCACAAGCAAAGGAACGAGAGGUGCAUAGAUUACGGAUCUUGAGUAAUGCAUCGACAGGUUUUCAAGGGCUUUGUCGAGUAUUCGAGAGACAUCAGUUGAUGGAGAUCCUUACCAAGUGGAAAAAUUGGUACAAGCAGAAAACUGAAGAGGACCGAAUACGAUCUGAGACUGUAGAGAAUGCGGCAAAGAGGAUUCAGAUAUGGCAUCGAUCGUGUCGACAAAAGCUGCAACAUAUCAUUCCUGAACCUCCACUGGUUCUUGAAGAUUUUAGUGAUACCGAAGAGCCUCAAAUUGAAGAAGAGGAUGAUGACAAGGAAUUGGAAACAGAGAUGUUCGUGACAAUGGAAACUCAAGAAGCUGCACGUCGUUUACAAUCAACAUUUCGUGGUUUCCAUGUACGUCGAAAGUUCGCAAACGCUCUAGCGCUCGCGCAAGUGGUGGAGAAGAACGACGACGGCGAUUCUUUUGAUGGUGUAGAUUUAGAUGAUCUAAUUCAGCUACCACCCGAACUCGUAGAUGGUUGGGAAGAUCCCAUGCUGCCACCCUCAUCCGUCCUAGCUCAGAGAGAGUCUUCAUCGGUAUUACAGCGAAUUGAGCUUAAAGAAGAGCGAUUCAUUCAUGUGGAUAACCAUGACGUGGUGGAUCUGGAGAAUGAUAAAUAUUUGGAACGCGCCAAACCUGAAAUCGUUUCAAAUCCUCCCAAGGAACAGAACUUGGCGGCAACACUUUGGAACAAGAUGAAGCGUGUCAAGCAGCGCCAGCAAAACUCUAGACAGGAGCGUCAACGUCAGCAAGACCCUGUAUAUCGAGUACAAAAGCUACUUAACCGCAAGACCAGCAACCAGAAUGUCUCGAAUCAGAAUGGAAAUUCUAGUAACAGUCAGAGCAGAUUACAGACUUCACAAGGACGUCAACAAGCUACGAACAUGAUAUCGUGGUCGUCAACAACCAACACUAAGAAGAAGCCAAAGGUGAAAUUACCUUCGUUGGUUGAGCGACUACGGAAGCAGACCAUGGCUGCGCGAUGA